UUCUCGGCAGCGGCAGUAGAGUCUAUGAACUAGCGAACAGCGCCCGCUCAGUGGCCACUUUCAGUUUCCACAGAGCGCGGUGGAGAGGGAGCUGAACUGAUGAUGGCAUUGAGAUCCCAAGAGGCUGAGUAACAUGUGAUGUCUCACAGCUGGUACCCAGCAGACAGGAGUCCAGGACCUGAGCCAUAGAAACAGCCUAUAAACUGAGGGUCAGAGGGCAAAGUCCAGACACUCAGAAGACCCUCUAUAUGGGGACACCAUCUAUCAUGAUCCAAGAAGCCAGACAAAAGGAAUCUCACAGCCACAGCUGAAUGCAAGCGGACAGGGUCCUGUGAUGCCAUCAAGGGCCCAGAAGAAGGCAAGCUCGACAUUUGUACGUGUCCCCAAGGCCCACCACGAAGAACUGGUAGUAAACUUGGCCUAUAAUCAUCUCUUGGCUUUGGGCCAUGGAUCUUUUGCUGAAAUCCUGUCCCCAAGGCUGUUUUUCAGAGAAGUCACCAUGUCUAUAAUGACAAGGUACACCCUGUAUCCCAGCAGUGGUUGUUUAACACCAUGAGCUUGGUGUCUUAUUCCAAGACCCUUAUGGGGAAACCAAGAUUCCACGAUAGACUGAAGAGAGGAUAAGGAGCCACACCAGUGUCACCUAUCCAGACUGGUUUCAGACCCUGGGAAAAGGGACUGAGCUUCUGAUGGACGCUGAGAGCAUCCGACUGAACAAUGAAAACCUGUGGGCCUGGCUUGUGAGGCUGCUGAGCAAAAACCCAGAAUGGCUGAGUGCCAAGCUUAGGUCCUUCCUCCCGACCAUGGACCUGGACUGCAGCUAUGAGCCCUCCAACCCUGAGGUCAUCCACCGUCAGCUCAACAGGCUGUUCGCCCAAGGCAUGGCCACCUGGAAGUCUUUCAUCAAUGAUCUGUGCUUCGAGCUUGAUGUACCUUUGGACAUGGAGAUACCACUAGUGAGCAUCUGGGGCCCAAGAGAUGAAUUCUCUAAGCAGCUAGGGGCAGGAGAGGAGAGCUGCCCUGGACCUCAGCUGUACCAUGGUGCCAAACGUCCUUUUCAGAGCUAUGGGUCCUCACCCCGUCGGAAGAACAGCAAGAAGCAGCAGCUCGAGUUGGCCAAGAAGUAUCUGAAGCUCCUGAAGACCUCUGCCCAACAGUGGCAUGGUGGUGUGUGCCCAGGAGCAUGGCUUACUCCUCACUCCCCACAGACCUACAUCCCCCCAGUUCUUCAGUGGAGCCGGGCUACAGCACCCUUGGAUGCUCAGGAGGGAGCCACUUUAGGAGACCCUGAAGCAGCCGACAACAUUGAUGUGAGCAUCCAGGAUCUCUUCAGCUUCAAGGCUCACAAGGGACCUCGAGUGACAGUACUACUGGGAAAGGCUGGGAUGGGUAAGACCACUCUGGCAUAUCGGCUCCGCUGGAGGUGGGCUCAAGGUCAGCUGGACCGCUUCCAGGCUCUGUUCCUGUUUGAGUUCCGCCAGCUCAACAUGAUCACACAGUUGCCGACCCUGCCCCAGCUCCUCUUUGAUCUGUACUUGAUGCCAGAGUCAGAGCCUGAUGCUGUUUUUCAGUACCUAAAGGAGAAUGCUCAGGAAGUCCUACUGAUCUUUGAUGGGUUGGAUGAGGCUCUCCAUGCUGAUUCUGUGGGUACUGACAAUGCAGGCUCGGCCCUCACCCUCUUUUCUGAACUCUGCCAUGGGAACCUCCUGCCAGGCUGCUGGGUGAUGACCACCUCCCGUCCUGGGAAACUGCCUUCCUGUGUGCCCACAGAAGCAGCCACGGUACACAUGUGGGGCUUUGAUGGGCUACGAGUAGAGAAGUAUGUUACCUGCUUCUUCAGUGAUCUUCUGUCUCAGGAAUUGGCCUUGAAGGAAAUGAGAACCAAUGCACGUCUCCGGGGUAUGUGUGCAAUACCUGCGUUGUGCACAGUCACCUGCUUCUGCCUUCGCCGUCUGCUUCCUGGAAGCUCCCCAGGGCAGUCUGCAGCCCUCCUGCCCACCAUAACCCAGUUGUACCUGCAGAUGGUGGAAACUUUUAGCCCCAGUGAGACUCUGCUUGACACAUCCAUUUUGGGCUUUGGAAAGGUGGCCCUUAGGGGACUGGACACUGGGAAAGUCGUCUUCUCUGUGGAAGACAUCUCUCCCCAACUGAUGUCUUUUGGAGCUGUCCACAGCCUCCUGACCUCCUUCUGUAUCCACACCCGCCCUGGGCAUGAAGAAAUAGGCUAUGCUUUUGUCCACCUUAGCCUGCAGGAGUUCUUUGCUGCUCUGUAUCUGAUGGCCAGUCACACAGUGGACAAAGACACACUCGUCGAGUAUGUCACCCUCAAUUCCCACUGGGUGCUGAGGACCAAAGGUAGACUGGGCCUCUCGGAUCAUCUCCCUGCCUUCCUGGCAGGCCUAGCCUCCCACACCUGCCACAUGUUCCUCUGCCAACUGGCUCAGCAAGACAGAGCCUGGGUGGGCUCCAGGCAGGCCGCUGUGAUCCAGGUGCUAAGGAAGUUGGCUAGCCGGAAACUCACAGGGCCAAAGAUGAUAGAGUUGUAUCACUGUGUGGCUGAGACCCAGGAUCUGGAGCUGGCGAGGUUCACUGCCCAAAGCCUUCCUUCCCGCCUCUCCUUCCACAAUUUCCCUCUGACCCAUGCAGACCUGGCUGCACUGGCUAACAUUUUGGAGCACAGGGAUGAUCCCAUUCACCUGGAUUUUGACGGCUGCCCACUGGAGCCCCACUGCCCAGAGGCUCUGGUAGGAUGUGGGCAGGUGGAGAAUCUCAGCUUUAAAAGCAGAAAGUGUGGGGAUGCCUUUGCAGAAGCCCUCUGCAGGAGUUUGCCUACUAUGGGGAGCCUGAAGACGCUGGGGUUAACAGGAAGUAGGAUUACAGCCCAAGGCAUCAGCCACCUGAUACAGACAUUGCCCCUCUGUUCCCAGCUGGAGGAGGUCAGUUUGCAUGACAACCAGCUCAAGGACCCAGAGGUGCUGAGUCUUGUGGAGCUGCUUCCCUCCCUGCCGAAGCUCCAGAAACUUGACCUGAGCCGAAACAGCUUCUCCAGGUCAAUCCUCCUGUCUUUGGUGAAAGUGGCUAUCACAUGUCCUACUGUCAGGAAGCUGCAGGUCAGGGAAUUGGACCUCAUCUUCUAUCUGUCCCCAGUCACAGAGACAGCUACACAGCAAUCAGGAGCAUCAGAUGUACAGGGCAAAGACAGCCUGAAGGAAGGACAGAGUCGAAGCCUGCAACUCAGGCUUCAGAAAUGUCAGCUCAGGAUCCGUGAUGCAGAAGCCCUUGUGGAGCUAUUCCAGAAAAGCCCCCAGCUGGAGGAAGUGAAUCUUUCAGGGAACCAUUUGGAAGAUGAUGGCUGUCGACUUGUGGCAGAGGCUGCUUCACAGCUUCACAUUGCCCAGAAACUGGACCUCAGCGACAAUGGCCUCUCUCAGACUGGGGUGACCUAUGUGUUGAAAGCCAUGAGCACAUGUGGGACCCUGGAAGACCUGCACAUCAGCCUGCUAAACAACACCGUGGUACUCACAUUUGCCCAGGAGCCGAGGGAGCAGGAGGGGAGCUGCAAGGGGAGGGCACCACUUAUCAGCUUCGUGUCUCCUGUGACCUCCGAGUUGUCCCAGAGAUCUCGAAGGAUCAGGCUGACACACUGUGGCUUCCUGGCCAAGCACACAGAGACGCUCUGUGAGGCACUGAGAGCCAGCUGCCAGACCCACAACCUGGAUCAUCUUGACCUAUCAGACAACUCUUUGGGGGGCAAAGGAGUGAUCCUGCUAACCGAGCUGCUCCCAGGACUGGGUCCCCUGAAGUCCUUGAACCUCAGCAGGAAUGGCUUGUCCAUGGAUGCUGUCUUUAGCUUGGUCCAGUGUCUGUCUUCCCUGCAGUGGGUGUUCCACUUAGAUGUCAGCCUUGAGAGUGACUGCAUCUUCCUUCGAGGAGCUGGGACCAGCAGGGAUGCACUAGAACCAAAAUUCCAGACUGGAGUCCAGGUACUGGAGCUGAGUCAGCGGUACACCUCCCGGAGCUUCUGCCUUCAAGAGUGUCAGUUGGAACCCACGAGCCUUACCUUCCUCUGUGCCACUCUGGAGAAGAGCCCAGGGCCUCUGGAAGUCCAAUUGUCCUGCAAGUCCCUGAGUGAUGACAGCCUGAAGAUCCUGCUGCAGUGCCUGCCCCAGCUGCCUCAGCUCAGCCUGCUGCAGCUGAGACACACAGUCCUAUCUUCAAGAAGCCCCUUCCUGCUGGCUGACAUCUUCAACCUGUGCCCACGGGUUCGGAAGGUCACUCUCAGGUCCCUAUGUCAUGCUGUUCUGCACUUUGACUCCAAUGAGGAACAAGAGGGUGUGUGCUGUGGCUUCCCGGGAUGCAGCCUCAGCCAGGAGCAUAUGGAAACACUGUGCUGUGCACUGAGCAAGUGCAAUGCCCUCAGCCAGCUUGAUCUCACAGACAAUCUGCUGGGUGACAUCGGGCUCAGGUGCCUUCUGGAGUGCCUGCCACAGCUGCCCAUCUCUGGGUGGCUUGACCUCAGUCACAACAAUAUCUCUCAGGAAGGGAUCCUGUACCUGCUGGAGACUCUGCCUUCCUACCCUAAUAUCCAAGAGGUCUCUGUGAGUCUGAGCUCUGAGCAGAUCUUCCGAAUGUGCUUCUCCAAAAAGGAAGGAGCCGGGACAUCGCUGAGGCUAUGUGAAUGCAGCUUCAGCCCAGAACAAGUAUCCAAAUUGGCUUCCAGCCUGAGCCAGGCCCAACAGCUCACAGAGCUCUGGCUGACCAAGUGUCACUUGGACCUGCCACAGCUGACCAUGCUCCUGAACCUGGUGAAUCGGCCAACAGGGUUGCUGGGCCUCAGGUUGGAAGAGCCCUGGGUGGACUCUGUCAGCUUACCAGCUCUAAUGGAAGUCUGUGCCCAGGCCUCAGGAUGUCUCACUGAGUUAAGCAUCUCUGAGAUCCAAAGGAAGUUGUGGCUCCAGCUGGAAUUUCCUCACCAAGAAGGCAAUUCUGAUUCCAUGGCUCUCAGGUUGGCUCACUGUGACCUGGAGACCGAGCACAGCCAUCUUAUGAUACAGUUGGUGGAGACAUAUGCCAGACUGCAGCAGCUGAGCUUGUCUCAGGUUAGCUUCAAUGACAAUGAUGGCACCAGCUCCAAGCUGCUGCAGAACAUCCUGCUAUCAAGCUGUGAGCUGAAGAGCUUCAGGCUGACCUUCAGCCAAGUGAGCACAAAGAGCCUCACCCAUCUGGCAUUUGGUCUGGGACACUGCCACCAUCUGGAAGAGCUGGACUUCUCUAACAACAGUCUCCGUGAGGAGGACACAGAGCUACUGAUGGGAGCCCUUCAGGGAACCUGCAGACUGAAGAAGCUGCACCUUAGUUUCUUACCAUUGGGAGCCUCCUCUCUGGCCUUGCUCAUUCAAGGACUAAGCCGAAUGACUCUACUACAGGACCUUUGCUUGAGUCACAACCAGAUCGGAGAUGUGGGUACCCAGUGCUUAGCUGCCAUCUUGCCAAAACUGCCAGAACUCAGGAAAUUUGACUUGAGUCACAACCAGAUCGGAGAUGUGGGUACCCAGUGCUUAGCUGCCAUCUUGCCAAAACUUCCAGAACUCAGGAAAUUUAACUUGAGUCACAACCAGAUCGGACAUGUGGGUACCCAGUGCUUAGCUGCCAUCUUGCCAAAACUUCCAGAACUCAGGAAAUUUGACUUGAGUCGCAACCAGAUCGGAGAUGUGGGUACCCAGUGCUUAGCUGCCAUCUUGCCAAAACUUCCAGAACUCAGGAAGUUUGACCUCUCAGGGAACAGGAUUGGCCCAGCUGGGGGAGUGCAGCUGGUGAAGUCUCUCACCCAUUUCGAGCACUUGGAGGAGAUCAAACUGGGCAACAAUGCUCUGGGGGAGCCCACAGCCCUGGAGCUGGCUCAGAGAUUGCCCCCACAACUCAGGGUCCUGUGCCUGCCAUCCAGUCAUCUGGGUCCAGAGGGGGCCCUGGGCCUGGCCCAGGCCCUGGAGCAAUGCCCACACAUAGAAGAGGUCAGCUUGGCAGAGAAUAACCUGGCUGGAGGUGUCCCACGUUUCUCCAAGAGGCUCCCACUGCUUAGACAAAUUGACCUGGAGUUCUGCAAGAUUGAAGACCAAGCUGCCAGGCACCUUGCUGCCAACCUCACACUCUUCCCAGCCCUGGAGAAACUCUUGCUGUCCGGGAAUCUCCUUGGAGAUGAGGUGGCUGCUGAGUUGGCCCAGGUCCUGCCGCAGAUGGGACAGCUGAAGAAAGUGAACUUGGAGUGGAACCGGAUCACAGCACGUGGAGCCCAACUCCUGGCUCAAGGGCUGGUCCAGGGAUCCUGCGUCCCAGUCAUUCGCCUCUGGAACAACCCCAUUCUUAACGAUGUGGCCCAGAGUCUGCAGAGCCAGGAACCCAGGCUGGACUUCUCCAUCACUGACCAGCAGACUCUUUGAGGAACCCAACGGACUUCUCAAGACUUAUGAGUCCAGUCCAGUGACAGCCACAUCACCCACCAGGAGAGGGGGCUCAGAAGAACCUCUGUUGGUGCCCAGCAUCCUACGAAUGCCCCAGGAGGAAAGAACACAUUUUUCCUGUCACGAUCCCUAGGGAGCGCAUUCUUAGGGACUGAGAGCUUUGUUUGACCAAAAGAGGGCCAUAUAUCAUAUAUCAUACAUGACAUAUGUUACCAAUGGGGCAUUGACAUUAUGAGAGUAUUAUGAGGUUAUAUAUACAGGAAAGGCUGUGUAUGGUGCACUAUGACCCCUUGACAUGGGAAGGUCAUACUCAGAGUAGGUCAAAUGUAGAAUUACAUGGAACUUGUGGCAUGACACCUGGUCAUAGCCUCUUAGCACUGUAAUUGGAAAUACACAUGAUCAGGAAUCCACUUAUGACAUGAUGUCCAUAUCACAUGACACACAACUUGACAGGGGACCACAGAUAAGUCCAAGACCUAAUUUAUUAUUAUUUUAAAAAACAUGAAGUUAGGCUAAUGGUAUAGGCUAUGUUAUAUGAACAGCCUUUUAGCUGUUCAGGAAUCUGAGGCAGACAGAUCGCAAGUUCAAGGUCAAUCUAGGUAAUUUAGUAAGAUCCUGUCUCAAAAGGUCAGAAAGGGCUGGGGAUAUGGCUCAAUGCUAGAGUGCUUCCUAGCAUGUGUAAAGCCCUAAGCUCAAUGCUCGGUGCUUUUUUUUUUUUUAAGUAUUUAUAAGCACCUUCUGGAGAAACUUUUUGUCUUGUGCUAGGAGAGGGAGUUAAGAAUUGAGUGGCCCAAUGGUCCGGGGUCUGGGACAUGCCAAGGACUUAGCAUGAAGUCCCCUCCUGCCAGAGCCUCAAGUCUCUCUUCUGUUAAUCGUGUUCUUCCAAGGACUUCCAGCCCAGGCUUAGGAGUUAACCUGACCUUGGGAGAGUUCGCACUCAUCUCUUCUUUCCUGGUUUAAGGGACAAAGCCGAGCUACAGGUUUAGGGAUAAGUACUUCCAGGAUAAUAGGCAAGACCACUAGGUCUAGCCUACCCACUACCUCAGCAGGAUUCAGAAACCACUUGAAACUCCAUGGUGUUUUGCUUUGUUUUGCAACUUCCAAAGGCUAAACUCACAACACUCCAUAUCAAAUGAUCAAUAAACGCAGAUGUAACUGGUGUCUGAUGUAAA